UAAAAUUAGUUGAAAAAUGUGGCAUCACUUACCAGCAUUCAGGCAACAACUUUAAAUUGGGAAAAUCAACAUAUUAAAACAUAAAAUAGCUGAAUGAUAAUACACCUACUUUCAUAUAUAAAUUAUUUGAGUUAUGAAAGCUUUAUGGACAGUAAUAUCUUUUUCUAAUUGUUGAAUAUAUUUAGACGUUUCAACGUCUUAAAAUGUGUUGCCCCUGUUAACAAAAAAUAAGAGAAGGCACCUUCACACUAGUAUAAAUACUAGUAUAAAAACUAGUGUUCGGUAAUUUCCCAGCCAACUAUAUUAGGACCAAAAACAAUAUGACUGCCUUGCUACCAGGAAACAUCGUUUAUGCCGGACCAAUUACAUGUACCGAAACACAUGCAUACAAAUCUCUGGGUCAUUAUAUUCUCGAAAAGUAUAAGAGCUUUGGCAAUCAAACUGUAAUGAUUGACGCAGUCACUGGCCAAGAAUAUACAGCAAAAUAUAUGUACGACUCUGUAGUGCGUAUGGCUCAUGUGCUUAAGCAUUUAGGAGUGAAAUCCGGAGAUGUUGUCGGUUUAUCCAGUGAGAAUAGUAUUCGUUUUGCUAUUGUUUUAUAUGCAUCAUUUGCUGUUAAUGCUUCAGUGGCUCCUCUUAAUGUAACGUAUUCCGAACGAGAAGUACAUCAUGCUAUUAAUUUAUCUAAGCCAAAAGUGAUAUUUGCAUCGAAACUUACCGUAGAUCUCGUUGCAAAGGUUGCAAAAAAGAAUGGUUUUGUGAAAACAAUUGUGGCCCUUGAAACCUACAACGGAAAUGAACAUAUUUACACUUUUGAAGAACUUAUGAGUAGUGCGAAUAUUAAAUCAGAAGACUAUUUUGAUACUCCAGUAGCGGACAAAAACGAGGAUGUUGCAUUGAUUGUUUGCUCCUCUGGUACUACAGGUCUGCCAAAAGGUGUUCAACUUACGCAAUAUAACAUUCUUUCUACAUUAGACUCAAACCUUGAACCAACUGCUAUACCAAUGGGUGAAAUUACUUUGCUUACUGUGAUUCCUUGGUUUCACGCUUUUGGUUGCCUUACACUAAUAACAACAACGGCUUUAGGUACUACACUUGUGUAUUUGCCGAAAUUUGAGGAAAAUCUUUUCCUAGGAGCAAUCGAGAAAUAUCGUGUAUUGAUGGCGUUUAUGGUGCCACCAUUAAUGGUAUUCUUGGCUAAACAUCCACUUGUAGAUAAAUACGAUUUGUCAUCACUGAUGGUCUUAUUGUGCGGCGCAGCACCGUUAAGCAAAGAGACCCAGGAUCUUAUUACGGAGCGAAUUGGUGUGCCCAUUAUUCGUCAGGGUUAUGGUUUAAGCGAAUCGACUCUUAGCUUACUCGUACAAAAUGAUACAGCUUGCAAAGCGGGCAGUGUGGGCACUCUUAAAUUGGGUAUUUAUGCCAAAGUUAUUGACACGGAAACAGGAAAAACUCUUGGCCCCAAUCAGCGUGGUGAAUUAUGUUUCAAAGGAGAUUGUAUUAUGAAAGGCUACAUUGGUGAUGCCAAAUCUACACAGACCGUUAUUCAAGAUGGUUGGUUACAUACGGGUGAUAUUGGUUAUUACGAUGAUGACUUUGAGUUCUUCAUUGUGGAUCGCAUUAAAGAACUCAUUAAGUAUAAGGGUUUUCAAGUGCCACCAGCUGAAAUUGAGUCUUUAUUAUUGACACAUCCAAAAAUUAAAGAUGCUGCCGUCAUUGGAAUACCAGACGAAGAGGCGGGUGAAUUGCCAUUAGCAUUUGUUGUAAAACAAGCAAACGUUGUACUGAGUGAAGAUGAUGUUGUAAAGUUUGUAUCUGAGAAUGCAUCGCCAGCAAAACGUUUACGUGGUGGCGUGAUAUUUAUUGAUGACAUUCCAAAAAAUCCAAGCGGUAAAAUUUUACGCCGCGUUCUAAGGGAUAUGCUGAAGAAACCACAAUCGAAAUUGUAAAUUUACUAAAUAAUGUGCAUAUACAUAUGUACAUAAAUACAAAAGCAUUUUCUUAAAAUACGAGUAUAUAUGUAUGUAUGUAUAAAUGCAAUAUAUUCAUAAACAACAUUGUAAGGGUGUGAAAAAUUAAAUUUUAUUUUCAUGUUAAUAAUUGGGGAAUGUUAGAGAAAGUCAUUAUCAACGAAAAUACGAUGACUAUGAUGCUUUGCUGUAUUCCCAUAUAUGUUUUUUAAGUUUAUAAAUCUAUGGGCUAAAGUUAGUUUAUAAAGUUUUAUACCAAAUAUUAAUAUAUGAAUUAUUAGUGAAACUUCAAAACCAA